AUGAAAGAUUUCAAGAGUCAACUAAUUGAUACACCAGGCGUGAUCGAACGCGUAUCUAGUCUCUUUCGAGAUCAUCCAAGCCUAAUAUCAGGCUUCAAUACAUUUCUUCCACCUGGUUAUUCUAUUGAAUGCAGUAUAGACGAACAAGAAAGAAAUAUGAUAAAAGUAACAACACCUUCAGGCACAACAACCAUUUCAGAUUCAGAACCACUUAAUUUAAGACAAGAUACAGCUGAACAAAAGGAUACAGGGCCCUUGGAGUUCAAUCAUGCAAUAGCCUAUGUUCACAAGAUUAAAAAUCACUUUUCUAGUCAACCUGAUGUUUACAAAAAGUUUCUGGAAAUACUUCAAACCUAUCAAAAAGGUGAAAGACCUAUACAAAAGAUUUACGAAGAAAUCAAAGUGCUAUUUCAUGGAUCAGUGGAGUUACUCGAUGAAUUUAAACAAUUUCUACCUGAGCCUAAACAAAGGAAAAAACGUCUAGGCGCCAUCCCUUCUCUAAACAUAUCAAAGAGAUCAAAGCAUCAUCAUCGUAAUGAUGAAAUUGAAACCUCUGAUGUUCGUUCACAAACGUCGGCUCCCAGCGAUGAUGCCGAUUAUGCCAGACCUACUUUCUCCGCAGAGGAAGCUGAAUUUUUUGAUAAGGUCAAGACAUACAUUGGCAAUAAGGCAACCUAUAACGCAUUUUUAAAAGUACUCAACUUGUUCAGCCAACAACUGGUCGAUCAAAAUGUCCUCGUCAGUCGCGUCGAAAGUUUUAUUGGCGGUAAUAAGGAACUGUUUGACUGGUUUAAAGUUUUGGUGGGUUAUAACGGCAAUGAUGAGGUCAUUGAAAACAUACCUGUUUCAAAACCCAAAAUGGUUGUGAAAGAAGAUGAUAAAAAUGAUACAGUCAACUGUGGCCCUAGUUAUCGCUAUGUUCCCAAGCAAUGGCAAAAUAACAUUUGCUCAGGAAGGGAUGCUUUAUGCUGGGAUGUAUUGAACGAUACUUACUUAUCUCACCCAACAUGGGCAAGUGAGGAUACGAAUUCGGUUACAUCUAAAAAGAACCAGUAUGAAGAAGCCUUACACCGUGUUGAGGAAGAGAGAUACGAUUAUGAUUUAAAUAUUGAAGCAAAUUUGGCCACCAUCGCUUUACUCGAGCCGCUUGCCAAAAAGAUUAGCAUGAUGGGACCAGAGGAAAAGGCCAACUUUAAACUAUCCUCUGAUUUUGGCAUCAACUCAAAGGCUGUCUUUCGUCGCAUCCUUAAAAAAAUAUAUGGGUCACAGAAAGGUCUUGAAAUCAUCAAUUUAUUAUACAACAAUCCCUCGCAGGCAGUGCCGGUUGUACUAAAACGUCUAAAGCAAAAGGACGACGAAUGGAAGCGUGCACAGAGAGAAUGGAAUAAGAUAUGGAGAGAAGUAGAAGCGAAAAACUACUGGAAAUCCUUGGAUCACCAAGGCAUUACUUUCAAGAUGACUGAUCGAAAGACACUGACGACUCGUGCUUUGGUAGCUGAGGCAGAAGCCACCAAACAGUUUUCAUUUGGGUUCCAAGAUAUUGGUGUCUUCAAGGACGUUUCAAGACUUGUCUAUUUCUUUCUUGAUCGUCAACCUGUGUAUAAUCUAGAUGAUUGUGAUUCUAUGCGCAGAUUUAUGAAUAUGAUCAUUCCAAUGAUGUUUGACGUCCAAGAUGUUGAACCCUCAACGACGACAAUCGAGGACAUAAAGAUGGAAGAAGUAGAUGAUGACGAGUUUGAUGAUAGAUCAUCUGUGCAUUCCUUGGAUUCUGUGCUAGCAAACCAAGGAAAAAAGGCUUCUGACAGUUCAAGUAAAAGGUCGACAAGAAGAAAUAGGAAUGAGAGGGAUGAUGGUUUGUUAAAGAACGUGCUCAUGCGAAACACAAGCAAGAUGCAGUCUUCUUCAGAUGAAGAAGAUUCAUACGACGAAGAUGAACAGGAACAGAUAAAACAAGAGAGCUCACCUGAAGAGCAAGAGCAACAACAGCAGCACUUGCAGCAAGAGGACACUGAUGAGGACCAAGAAGAGGAAGAGGAAGAGCAGCCAAAAGAAGAAGUGAGAAAGGAGCCUUCGAUUGACCCAGAAAACCAAAAGACGUAUAAUUUCUUUGCCGACAAUGGCUAUUACUGUUUCUUUCGUCUGUAUCAAGUCUUGUAUGAUCGUUUAUACAAGAUGAAAAAACUGGACUUGGAGUACAAGAAGAACCCAGAAAAGUCUAAAAAGGCUUGUAAAGAUGCACUUGAUUUGGGAAUCACGCCUAGACGCUUUAAAGCCUUAAAGAUGGACACCAAAAAAGGCUACUACAAUGUUUUGCUUUCGUUGAUUGAUAAGCUAUUUGAAGGGGAUAUUGACCAACAGACAUUUGAAGAAAGUGUGCGAUUUAUAUUUGGAGCGGACGCAUAUAUUCUCUUUACGAUAGAUAAACUUGUAUUGUCACUUGUUCGCCAUAUUCAUAUCAUUAUCACAGAUACCCAUUCACAAGAAUUGUUUGAAAUAUUCAGAACUGAAAAUAGAGCAGAAAAGAUGAACCAAGCAGAUAUUAUGACGUAUAGAACAAAAAUCAUGAGUAUGCUUGAAUCUACAGACAAUGUAUAUCACAUUGCUUUUAAACUGCAAAGUAGAAUACUAUCCAUUCAGUUACUGGAUAGUAAUAAACAAGCAAAACGAUCUCAGAUUAAGGAGACAACCUAUGAUGAAUAUGUAGCAAAUUAUAUUGAUUGGUCAAAGGAGACAAAGGGUAUAGAUCAAUCAUUGCUAACACCUAGGUUUUUAAAGAGAAAUUUGAGAAAAAAGGAGCAUUUACCAAAGGACGUCACUGUCCAUUCUGGCUUACAGUACAAGAUAUGUAGGGAUACAUACCAUAUGUUUUAUAUCAUUGGCACCGAAGACGUCUUUGUUCGUCAUUCUUCCACUUCCCAAAGACAAAUCUCCAACUCAGAAAAGGACAACCAAUGGCACAAGUGGCUGGAUAACCACUGGGAUUCACAAGUCGAUAAGUCUCAAGCAGAAGAACAAGCAAAAAAGCUCUUUCAAUAG